AAGUUUAGCAAUAAUUUGAAUCUGCGAUUUUCGGAAGUGUUCGGUAAUAAACAAAUAUCUGAUAAGAAAGUUCAAAGUACAAAGUAUCAUCAUCAUGGAAAAUAGCCUCAUCGAUAGCCGGACUCCUGUGUUUGGCCAUCCUGUGCCUGGCAGUGUGAUGGCUUCACGUUCAAGAGCUGGUGUUCUAGUUGACCUUAUGCCUCUUUCAGGCCAACCUGCACCCCUUAGAACAGACAUUAGCCAAGACCUACUUGAGCAGAGGGGCAGCCAAGAGCAAGCCAAACUUCGGGAGAGAUUUCAGUUGCUACAACAGUGGCAGCAACAGCAACAACAUCAACUCAUGUUGCAGCAGCAGCAGCAACUGGAGCUGCUAAGGAACCAGCAAGAGGUGGUGCAACAAGCUCUCAUGCAACAGAAACUCAAGCAGUGGGGAGGUAUGAAGGUCACAAACUCGCCACCCAAGUCUCCAUCACACAGGCGUAGUCCAAAGAAAUCACCCACAGCAAGUCCUACACGUGGGACCAAAGUGCCAAGUUCGAUUCCCAAGGCCCUUGCUCAAGCAGCAAUGACCCAGCCAGUAUCUACUCAAAAUGGACAAUUGCCAGCUAUGGGAAAUCUGGAUCCAGCUUCAAAGCGAUGUGGAUCAUCAACUCUUCAGGGGGACGCCGAUCUUGACUCUGAGAGCGAGCAUCCCGGCUCCCUGAUGCUAGAGGGUGUUUACCCCCUCCCAGACACCGCGUCUGAAACCAGUGAUGCAGGCAAUGAUGAUGAUCACCACGACGACAUGUUUGAAGGGAGGAACAAAGAUGCUGAGAGAAGAGAUGAUGAGAUCUUCAGAUCGGUAUCAGAUUUCUCCAUGACCCCCACCAGUGGAAGUCCUCGGGACAUCCACCACCUCUCCAUCCAUCUCCCAGACACGGACAGGACCGAAGAAAGCCUGCCUCUCCAGUCUCCGGACCACUACCCCUCCUCUACCACCUCUCCCCAGCUAUCUCCGUUCACACCCACCACACCAUCCCGCCAUGGGGGCAAUCGUAGCACCCUGGAUGGAAAGGAGGAUGGAGGAGAGGGGCGUGGCAAGGAAGAGAGGCCUAUUGAGUCUCAGCUCGGAGCGGAAUUCAAGUCGUUUGAGGAACUGGUUGAACUGCAGAUCAAAGCUGAUGACCGAACGCUCCCUACAGCUGGCUCCACCACUUCAGAACAGACCACCGGAAGACCGCGGCACACCUUCUUGAAGAGGGGCGAGGGCAUCUCCAGAUUUGGAAUGAAACCAAGGAAACUCAAGCCUCGCAAAGACAAACCAGCUCUGCCGACUCGGAGCGGUGUCGGAGCGAAGAAGCCUAAGAGUGAUGGAAGCAGAGUUGGGGACAAGACAGAGAGCAUGGGUGGAAAGCAGAGGGAGAAUGUUGGCAAGAAGAGGCAACCAAAGAAAGAGGAGCCUCCAAAGAUUUCCAGGAAGGUCUCUAGCAAGCCCCCAUCUCAUUCUCAGCCUGAUGUGCAGGCACCGGAAAACAUCUUCAAGAAGCCCCACCCAGCUCCGGCACAGAAACCCAGGACCAUCAAACCAGUCAUGUCACCGGUGGAGAGAGAGAAGGUGGGUGUGGCCCCCCUCCAGCAUCGUCUCAUGGUGCCCAGCCUAGACCUACCGUACAGUAGCCAAUCAGAGCUUGACGACACCAUAGAGGUUUCUUUCAUGAGACGUGCUAACAUCUGGGAGAAGGAAACCAAGAUAGAGCAAGAAGAUCUAGAUGAGUUUGAGAUGUUGGAAGAGGCUGCUGAUGAUAACGCAUCAUUCUGCAGUGAAGCUUCGCUGGUCAUCAGUGUCCUCCAGAGAGCUCAGAGGAGAAAACAGGAGCUUCUUGGUGUAUCCCCACUGAACAAAAAGGCCCCUCUAGCAACUCUCCAGUCUGUGGAUGCCACUGAGGAAAAUAAUUAUGAGUCACAUGACAGACCACCUGACCAGUCACAUGACCCUACCCUGAUGAAUGGACACUAUACUGAAAAUGUGCAUAUAGCAAGUGACAAAAGGAAUGGGUAUUCUGAGCAAAGAGGUACAAAGGUGACUGAUGGUAAACCAUCGCUGGCGGUUCACAGGGAGACGGUUCCGAGUGGACGGUUGACCUUGGGUGAAGGUCACGCGGCGGAGAUACGAGAUGACUUCUACUCUUCCGGAGGAGAGUCGGAUGAAGAGACGGGGAAGGAUGCGGAUGAUGCUGGGGUAGGGAGGUCAGUGAUGAGAAAACUAUCUAAGAGAUCUUCAGAAAAGGGUUUUAUGAUGGAGUAUCAGCUGGACUCACAGCAAGACGAGGAUGAGAGUGGAAGGAUAGAGGGAAAGGAAGUCAGCAGACAUCUUGGAAGGUUACAUGACAGUGAUGAUGAAGAGGAGGAGGAAGAGGAAGAGGAAGAAGAUUUUGAUAUUUAUAGAACAGGAAUGAAUGAAAACAAAAACAAUAAUAGCAACACCAAUGUUAGACAUGAAAUGCUGCUGACACAGAACAGGACCGCAAGCAGUCAAUUCAUAAGAACUUCCAGCAGCACAACAGCUAAGGGCUCACACCCGAAUGAAAAUGGAGAUACCCACAAUGGCCAUUCAGUGGGAAAGAUUAACAUAUCAGAUGAGUUUGAAGAAGAUUUUGAGGGAACACCAAGGAAGACCAUAGCGUCCCCCGAGGUUGCGAAUCAAGUUGAGUUUGAAGAUGAAGAAACGUGGGGAGACUUCACGGCACAGCUUAGUGAUAGCAGUGAUGAGGACAGCAUUGUCGCUAUGGCACCCUAUCUCAAAUCAACUCCAGCAAAAGAUGAGGGGAAAGUGGGGAUGAAAAGAAAGAAGAGCGAGAAGACAGCGAGUGGAGAAGUCCUUCUGUCUCCUCCUCCAACCUCAGCUCUCGUUGCCAAACUCUUCCCAAAGCUCAGGCAGCCUGAUGUCAAACAAAAGCAGCAAAUCGAGCAUGAGGAGAAGGCCCUCCAUGCCAAGGCUGAGAGACCUGCAGGAGAAGGCUCCCAGGCAAGGCUCCUCAGGGAUCGACUCACCCAGCUGGAGAAUGAGAUUGAGAGAUUCAGGAAGGAGAACCUCCUCCUUGCCAAACUCAGGGAAGAAAGAGAGAAGGGAUUAGAGUCCAUGAAGAAGGAGAUGGAAGAGUUUCAGAAGCAGAAAGCAGAAGAGUUGCAGAGAAUUCAAGAAUACAAAGAUGAGGAGACAAAGAAACUCAAACGAGAGAGGAAGAUGUUUGAGAAACACCAGAAGACAUUAAGAACCAUGCCUGAUAAACGAGACAGAGAAGAAAUUGAGAUGCUUAAACACCAGCUGGGUGACCUUCAAACAGAGCUCAAGCAACGUGAGUCCAGAUGGAACGCAUCAACCAGGAGGCUCAAAGAUCGGACCGUUGCCUUGGAAACUGAGAAUACUGAACUCCGGGAGGAGGUGAGACUCAUGGAGCAGAGAAGACUAGCUGCCUGGAAGAAGGAGGAGCAUAACAAGGGAAAGCCUAUCUAUGCACAGCCCUCCUCAAUACCAAAACCAAAACCGAGUCCCCCCGCAAGACAUGAACAUCAAACAAUGGAACAGUCCAACAAUAAUAACAUCAACAAGAAGAGGCCAGGAAGUGAGGACCGUCCCAUUAUUAGAAAUGGGGAUAGUCAGCAUCACAGAGGGAGUGCAAAGUCCAGGACCAUGUCAGAGAGCUCAGAUGAUGAUGAUAGUGAUAAUGAAUACCUGCAAGCAUACCCCGCACCUAGAAUGGAACCUUCCAAGCAGGAUGAUGAUAUAAUUUAUGAGAGCCAAAUAGCUCUCAGACGGAGUCGAUCGCCGUCAGACCGCGAGCCACCUCCCAUCCCGGUACCCAAUGAGAGAACCCCGCCCCCUGCCCGAACGAAACCCUCGUCCCUCUCCCCCUCUUCAACAUCCUCCAUCCAGCCCACCCCUCUAACCAGAAGUCCACAGCACCUACCUCAUCCCAGACCAAGAGGCUCACCACAUAGAGACAUGCAGAAUGGGCAUGGGUUCAACCAUGGGGUUGCAGGUAAAGGGGUGGUCAGCAUACACCAAGAUGGAGGAGAUGAUGAGGAUUAUGAAGAUGUUGUACAUGGAGAUGGAAAGGUUGAGCAGAUCAACCCAGAUGGGUCAAGAGUUCUGACCUUCUCCAAUGGAACGAGGAAAGAAAUCAGUGCUGACGGUCAGACCAUAAUCAUCUCUUUCUUCAAUGGGGAUGUCAAACAGAUCCUACCAGAUCAACGUGUGGUAUACUACUAUUCAGAGACAAAGACAACUCACACUACAUACCAAGAUGGCUUGGAAAUCCUCCAGUUCUCAAAUAAUCAGACUGAGAAGCAUUAUCCAGACGGUACAAAAGAGAUCACCUUCCCUGAUCAGACUAUCAAGUACCUCUUCCCUAACGGUGGAGAGGAGAGCGUGUUUGCGGACGGCACCGUCCUCAGAGUUGACCCCAACGGUCAUCGGGUCAUGGAGUUCCCCAACGGUCAGCGAGAGAUCCACACUGACCAAUACAAGAGGAGGGAGUACCCUGAUGGCACAGUGAAGACCGUCUACCCCGAUGGCCGCCAGGAGACCAGGUACUCUAGCGGUAGAAUCAGGAUCAAAGAUAACACUGGGAACAUCGUAGUGGAUAGGAAGGGCUGAGGUACCAUGGUGAACAGUCCUGGGGGUGUUUCACAAAGCCUUUUUUCAAUGAAAAAUGACAAAAAUCAGUGACAAAUCUGCUGAUAACCAAUCAGAAGCGAGGAUUUCAGUAGCUUAUAACAACAACUGUCAUUUGUCACUAAUGACAAGUUUUGUGAAACACCCCCCCAGGAUGUAACAUCCCAUGAACCCAUUUUCUUCUGGAUCCAGAUGGCUUCUGUAUUACCAGCCAUUGCUCAUUGGAGAGUGAGAGAAUCCCAUGGUGAAGAGGUUCAAAGUGAAAAGCCAAGGAAGUAUAUUCCCCAUGUCCUUUUGAUGGGUGUUUUAUUUUAAACUCAUCACUCCAACAACAACAACAACAACAAAACCUACACAGAAACAGACAGUUAUUAAGCUUUUGAAAGCUUCCAAAGAACUAUGGAGAACUUCGGCCUUGGGAAUACUCACCCCUUCACGAAAAGAUUUUAACUUUUCGUUCACUGUGAAUCGUCGUUAUUACUUAAGAUAACCCUGUAGAGAAAGACCACCUGCCAAUACAGACUGCUUUUUUUGUCUUUGUGAAGUGGUCUUUACGUACAAGUUUUAUUAUCACCCAACUGGAGAAUGAAAUGAUUUUUUUUUUUUUACUCAAGAGUGAUCGCCGAUGGACAUUUUUCUAAGUAUGUUUUCCUCUAUACCUCUAUGGCCAGCAUCUUUAAAUAUAAUUAUUGCUUAUAUUUUGCUUUGUAACUUUCUUUUUCAUUUUCUUGCCAUUAUUGCACCUAUGUGUAUAAAUUUCAUAAUUUUGUGCUUCUUUGAUUUUUUGCCAGUAUUUUCUGGGAUUGAUUUUGUUUAUUUGACUGAUUUCAUGGUUUUUGCUUAUACCUCGCAUAAUGAGUUUGGCCAGUUUUGUAUGUGAGGACAUCAAUGUACUAACCCAAAGUUAAUUAUUCACUUGCCCAGAUUUAAAGGCAUUUUAUUUAUUACAAUUGUGCACAAGUUCUAACAGGUGCUGAGACUGGCAGCCAUAAUAAAAUGAUAUGAAGAACUUAUAUUGCACCAUUUAUAAAUCACAUGCAAUUGUUUUAAUUGGUGUAAGCCAGUGAAGCUUACACUGUCCACUGGUAACGCACCUUUUCAAAGACAAACUCAACUUGGCAAAAUCUCUAAAAUACAGUACAUGCAAGAAAGGGCAAGAUUCUUUCUAUAGCCACUGUAGCCUGUAAAUAUAUACCGGUAUUGCUGGUUUUGAGCUGUUCAGAAAAUGAAAAGGACCUGCUAUUCGGAGCAGUCAAGGUGCUAAAUGACUACAGGUCAUUUUUACAGUGUAGUUUACAGCAGCGACAGAAAAUGAAAAGUUGUGAAAUUAAACCAAACCUACACCAAAACUUACUGAAUAUUUGCCAACUUUUUAUUUAGAUAAUGUGUACCUGUAUUAGGUUAGUAAUGGACAUAGAACGAUAGGGAAUGAAGCUACUAGUCCUAAUCCUAAUGCAUGAUGUGCAGUCUUAUAUGAAUUGUGCUUCUCAGUAAUUGUGAUCUCCUAUAAUUUUUUAUAGAAAAGGAAAUGAGUUUGUGUACAUGUGCUGGUCUGCCUAAGCCAUCUCUUUCAUGAUGAUGAAUUAUUCAACCAGUUACUCUUAAGAUGCAAUACACUGGUUUACUAACAUAUUCAAAUUUAUGGAUGCAUCUUUCCUGGGGACCUAGUGAUGAGUUAUUCAAUUAACCUGUUAUUAAUGAAUGAACUACAAUACUCGGGAUCCAGUCUGUAUGUAUUACUUGUUGCUAUGUCGGGCAACUCUUGCCAAGCUUUCAUGCUGUCAAGAACAACCUUUGUUUAAAAAGUAUUCUUGAAAUUGGAAUAUGUUGGUAAACUGGUCUAUUCAUUAACCAGAACCCAAUGUUGUGGCAAAGAAUUGUCAGAUAUCAAACCGCCUCAAAAGGAAAUGUUAGAAAAAUGUCAAACUUGAUACUACUUUAUCUGUGAUUAGACUGAAAUGAUUAGAUUAAAUACUUUUAGAAGACAGUACCGAUUUCUGUAGUAAAUGUAGUACAUAUACAGUCUACCUCUCUCUGUAUGUCAAUACUAAUUGUAGCUGAACAUGAAUGACUUUUUAUAGAAAUCAGCAUGUAUUUAGAUGUAAGUAUAAAAAUUCUUCAUCAUCACAAAAAUGAAGAUGAUACUAGCAUACAUGUAGUUGCGUAACUUGUAAUUAUGAAUUUGAUAUCAUUUCAACGUCCAUGAAACAUAUGCAAAGAUAUGGUGCCAUUGCAAGUUGAAUUUGUAUUUGUCUUAUGAAUUGAACAAACACAUUAAAAUCUCUGUUUGUACAUUUUUGUUUGAUAGGGGUGUUGCUCUAUUUAAAUUAGGUCAUGUCUAGGCCCAUUAAGGCUCAUUCACAUUGUGUAAACUUUUGUGUUAAACAAAAUAAAAAAUAACAUGAGCAUAAUGUGCUUUACAUUUCUGUAUCUUACAACACAACGAUGAAGUACGUACGCAUGUUAGGAUCUUUGUUGCGCACAACUGCUUUCGUCAUCCCCACUUGCCAUUCAUGUACAUGUUAAAAAAGAAAAAAAAUUUGCUGUGGUUUUGCUUGUCACGUGUGAACGGGUCAUUUGAGAGUAAAUUGAUAUUUUAUGGGGUUCAUUUUUAAUGGUUAUCAAAGUCUGUUAUAGCUUUAUCUAUAGAUGUGUGGUCAAAGCGGUUCCUUUAAGUUUAGAUCAGCAUUACUCGCUGCAGACGUGAUAUUUACUUUGAGAAUCCUUAAGUAUUGUAUCUUGGAAAAUAGUACCCUUUUCGACUGCAUUCAUCAUGAUUGGGAUAUUCAAGUUUAUCUUAUUAAUGGGAUGUCCUAAUUGGCCUGAUGUCAAACUGGUGAACUUUCUACAGUUAUUACUUUGUGACUGUAUUUGCCCAAAGUUGUUAAGUAGAAAGGGCUAGUCACAAAUGACUCUUAGAAAAAUAAGAUAACGAUAAAAUCUCUUGGCGGUUCAACAUUUUCUGCAACGGGCUAUGUUAUUAAAAUCAUUAUUGUGUAUGUUCAGAACCUGAAGGGGUGUUAACUCUGUAAUAUAGUAAUGAGUUAAUGCCUUUCUGGCGCCAGACUGACUAUCUAUUUUUUGUGACCCUUCCUUUCAUAGAUAAGAAAUCUAUUGUUCCACUUCUACUCCUUCUGUUAUCUAAGGGGGGUAAAUUAAAUGUUCAUGCUAUUCUUCACUCAAUGAAGAAGAUGUAAUAAUUUUCAGAAAUGUAUUUAGCCCUGUAGAGCAGAUGGUAGUCGAAGUUGAACAAGUUGAAUUUUCCCUAAGUGAAAGCCAUUUUUUAAAACCAAACUAUGCAAAACAUGUGAUAUUUACACUUCCUGAGACAAAUAGUCUAAUUGAUAUUUGCAGUCCCAGCAGAUUAGACUUCUGCAGAGUGAACUUUAUUUCUAGAAAAAUGCUAACCUAGGGGGAGAGUUGGGGUUGAUUUGCAAGUAUUUAAAAAAAACAUUUGUUUAUACUUUGUUCUAUCCCUGCCAAAAGCAAUACCAGUAAUGCAUUUAAGAAAUAAAAUAGUGUUUAGUUUUCAGUCCUAUAACCUGUUCCCUUUAUGAAAUAGAUGCUUUUAUAUGUUCCUGUUGGAUGAAUAGGCCUCUCAUUUUCUUUGGUGGACAUCUACAUGUAUAUAUUCAUAUAUAAUAUUUAUUUCACGAAUUGCUAAAAAAUAUACAGUAAUUAUGGAUGAAAGUUCAUACUUGCACUGAAAUCAUUAAACUUUUGGACACCCUUGAGUAGUAGUUUGAUUAAAAGAUAAUAAUAUGUUCACUAAUGUACAUACAACUAUAUAUUUAUGUGAAUGUGUAAAUAGAUUAAAGAUAGCAUUUAUUGAACAAUGUGUGGCUUAUGUGGACACGCAGCUAUUAAUAAAAUACUUUGAUAGAAAAAUAAAA